UAUAAAAGCAGAGCCUGUUAUAGCAGCAAAUGGGUGACCAACUCCAUAUUAAUGCCCCCGAUUUUGGAAUUAGAUGUUCGACGAGCAUACUUUUGGUCAUGUAGUGUAUAUCAGAGGAUACUUAACUAGCUUUACAUACCGUAACGUUUUUUGGCAUGGAGUCAUGAUUAUAAAACGUUACAUAUGACAACAGAUUUCAAAAUAUUCAAAGCGAGUCGUCAUCUCACCGGAAGUUACACGCACAAAAUAUGUGACACGGUAAUUAGUUCUGGAACAACAGUCUUUUUUAUUCCUACGAAGGUCGAUUAGACACAGACACAUUAGCUACUGUACUGAGUCGUUUCUUCAAACACGAAGGAAUUUUCUUGUUAUAUUUCACUAGCUUUAACAAUUGAAAAUGCCAAGAGGAAGCAGAAGCCGGACGUCAAGAAUGGCCACUCCAGCCAGGGUAGCCCCACCGCCACCUCCCAUGGCCAGGGCUGCACCCCCACCACCCUACGCUCCAGUGCCUGCCCGUGCCCCUCCGUCCGCCAUGGCUGCCCCAGCCACUGCUGCUCCCCGGCAGCCAGGCAUGUUUGCGCAGAUGGCCACCACAGCCGCUGGGGUAGCCGUUGGCUCAGCCGCAGGGCACAUGAUCGGCCACGCAAUGACUGGAGGAAUGGGUGGAGGCGGGGGAAGCCAGGAGGCUGCCAAGCCUGAUGUCACCUACCAGGAGCAGCCCCAGCAGUACCAACAGCCACCUCCCAUGUACCAGCCAGCACAGUAUCAGCCCCAGUCCAUGUUCCAGCAGGAGCCUGCUGCAGAGCAGGGAACCUGCUCCUACGAGUUCAAGCAGUUUAUUGAGUGUGCUCAGACCCAGAGUGACCUGAAACUCUGUGAAGGCUUUAGCGAGGUGCUCAAGCAGUGCAAGUUGUCCAAUGGGAUGUCCUGAGAGGGAGACGAACAACCCCAUCAACGCUGAACACACACACACACACACACAAUACCACUAAACAAGUCAUUUGUUUUGGCAGUUGAUCAAAUAACUUAAUCAUAUGGACAAUAAAAGCAUUUCUCAGGUUGAUGCUGUGAAGCUUGUAAUAAGUUAUGUAUAUGUUUAUUUUUUUGGUUUGUUGCAAGUUUUAAUUUUUCCCUUGGUCCACCCAUUUCCAUCAUAUCUGGAUUAGAGUUGUACAAUCACAAUUUGCUUGUAACAAGCAUAGGAUCUAAUAAAGCUGAUGUGAAUCACA